AAUGCUUGCAAAAGUAUAUGACACCAGCUGAAUUGCAAUAUUUUCGGACCAAUCAAUUCCCUUGUUAGAAAAAUUACGUCGAAUUUGGGUCAGUGCUGGUUGUGAAUAAUUGGGUCACUCAGUCAUGGAGAGUUCACAUACACGAGAUAAUUGACCGACUGUCUAAAUUGAAGUGAGGACCCGGGGACGUAAACACCCUUGUCUCAAGGUUUCCCUACCCACGGUGACCCAGCUAAAUCUUCAUGGCCAGUCAAGUGUACCACAGACAUGGAUUAAGUUUUGAUCCGUGAAAUGGUUUGACUUGCGGUGUACUGGAAAGCAUAUACAGACAAUUCCUUUCGGCAUAAUAUGACAACAAUGGGAAAAGAGGCCAGUUUGGAUGGAUUAGAGUUUGACGGGGACACUGUGCUAUGUCGAGUUUGUGGAGACAAAGCUAGUGGAUUUCACUAUGGCGUUCACGCCUGCGAAGGAUGCAAGGGAUUUUUCCGUCGCAGUAUUCAGCAAAAAAUACAAUACCGACCAUGUUUAAAAAAUCAACAGUGCAAUAUAAUGAGGGUGAAUAGGAACCGCUGCCAAUACUGCAGAUUGAAGAAAUGCAUAGCUGUUGGAAUGUCUCGUGAUGCUGUGCGAUUUGGUCGAGUUCCAAAGAAGGAAAAGGCUCGAAUCAUUGAACAAAUGCAAAAGAACACGAUGCACUCCCAGACCAGUCAAAUGAUGACAAUGUUUCAGAACAGUCGAGAUCUCAUUCAGGCAAUCGUCAGCGCUCAUCACGUCACAUGUGUCUUCACCCUCAACAACGUGAGGCAGAUGAGAGAGGAAGCCAUUAAGAACAAUAACUUUGUCAACUGCCCUGCUCAAAUGGCUUGCCCUCUGAAUGGCAAUGUUACACAGUCCUCCGAGGACCCCCAGGGAUGGUCGGAUAUGUCCGAGUUUUUCACUCCGGCGAUUAAGUCAGUGGUGGACUUUGCUAAGGCUAUUCCUGGCUUCUGCCUUCUCAGCCAAGAUGAUCAAGUUACACUGUUAAAGGCAGCUACAUUUGAGGUGUUGUUAGUCCGCAUGGCCAGCCUCUUUGACCCUGAAUCCAAUACAAUGAUGUUCACCUGCGGCAAAAUGUUCAAAAGAGAAGUCUCCCAGGUGUCAAGCAGUGCUGGGUUUUUACUAGAUUCCAUGUUUGACUUUGCCGAUCGUUUUAACAAACUGAACCUGACCGAUGAAGAAAUCGCCAUUUUCUCUGCCAUUGUUCUUCUGUCUCCAGAUCGUCCGGGGUUAAGAAAUGUUGAGCACUUAGAAAGCUUCCAGAUGAAGCUGACUGAGUGUCUCCAGACAAUGAUUGCGGCCAAUCACAAAGAAGAUAACACACUAUUUGCCAAACUCCUGAUGAAAACGACAGAUCUGAGAACCCUUAAUACUCUUCACUCGGAAAAAUCCAUUGGUCAAAAUGAAAAGAAUGGAUUAGAAAAAACGUCUGAGCACACCAUGGGUAACAUGGAUGGACAUGACCAAGUGGAUUCAUCUAUUUCUGAAGGAUCAACAGUAUCAGAUAAUUCCUCCAUACCUACAAGUUUGUCCGGGGCCACGGGGUAUGAUUCAGGCAUCUUUGAUGGAAUACCCAUAGUUCCACAGCGCCACUCCCUGGAGACAACACACCCCCAUUUGCUUCUGAAAACACCGUAUGGUACAUUUUACCGUGAAGACUCCCUUGGUUACUAUGGUUUUGUCACAGAUCAGCCAAUCAGAAGAUGUCACACAUUGGAACGGGAUACCCUUUCCCGACCACGUUUGCACACUAUUGAAGAACGCAGACGUUACACUAUGGACAAAGACUACAUGGAUAGGAAGAUCAAUAACCUAAGUGAUAGAUUCCAAAUGGAAAAGGGGGCAUUACGUGGGAACAGUAUGCCACCCUCACUGGCAGGUAGUGCUGCAUCGAGCCCAGUUCCCCCACAUUUCUUUCUGGAGAGCAGAAGUCCAGAGCUUAAACCUGGUUCAUUAGAAUCUCAUAGUGCAGGUAACAGCUUAAGAGGAAGCCCAAUGUUCAGUUCUGACAAUUUUAUCCCCAUUCCGUCAACUUCUCCAAAACCAGGAUCCCCCAACUUCAGAUCUCGCUCUGGAUCCAUGGGCAUGGAUGAUCAUUCUCAAUUGCGUCCAAGAUGUUACAGUUUUCACAUGAACAGUGAAGGGAAGGCCUCUCGUGACCCAAGCCGGGAGGCCUUACAGGAGAGUUACACAAUGUCGCCUGAAAUGAGGAGAGGAAGUGUUGGAGCUGUGUAUGGACUCCACCACAAGAAAAAGUCAUUGCUGGUGGAUCGUCACCCUCGAUAUCUCUCACGUCUCUCAGACUCCAUUGUGAAGAGGGUAGACAAGAUUAAAAGCCAGGAGACAAAGAAAGUGCCAGAUUCUUAUGAAAAUCUUCCAGCAGUUCAAUUACCUGUUCAGCCAGAACAAGUCACCUGGCUCCCUCCUUCUACAUCUAGUCCAGUAUCUGCUGCUGCAGGAGCCCCUCCUCCUGUUAGCAACCAGAAAAAUCCAGAUUCAGCCAAAUCAGACCAGCCUGUUGGUUCUCCUGUUGCCAUGGAUACAGAUGAGGAGCAGACAAGUGUGGAAAGUCAGGAAUCUAGUUCUGUCUUCCACAAAAAGUUUGACAAAAUGAGGAAACAUUUGAUAUCAACAGAAAAUGAGGAAGCUGAGAGGAAGUCAAAGGCUGAGGAUGAGGAUGUAAUGAUAGAUGAGGACACAAGUGUCUCCUCCCAGGAUAAUGUUAUCAAUGAAAGAAAUGAUGAAUCCCAGUCAAUGGAUGACAUACCAAAUAAGGACUUGGAGAAAUUAAAGAUUAAUGAUGAUACUAAAGAGAAGAAGACAAAAUCAGCUGUGGAGAGUCACCCACAGCUACUGGCUCACUUAAAUUCUAGCACUCCAAAUCUGCAAAUGGGCUUCUUGAAGCUUCCACUGCAAGUGUCUCCCAAACAGACAACGACAGCUUCAUCACCUCAAGUUCUGCUGAAUAUUCCCAAGUACAGUGGCAGACCCUCUUCUGUGGCCAAGGAAUUGCCCACACUGGCUUCUCAGUUGAAUAGUACUCCCCUCAGCAGUACCUCUUCUUUCACUCGAUUUGUGGAUCAAGGCAACAGGAGAGAUAAUAUGCAUUCAGAGACUAUGAGUCACUUGAAGGACAAACUCAUGCGCAAAUAUGACAGCAUGGAAAAUUUGGACAAAGUCCCAGCCCAUCAGUCCCAGCCCAACAGUGAAAAUGACAAGCACCCAAAGAUCUCAUCUGCCUCCAACCCAAAUAUUCCUGCCGGACUUUACCCAACAAGCAUGUGUUCUGAAGGUGUCAGAGGCAUGUUCCCUCAAUCAGGCAUGCCUAUGCAUCCUGCCUUCUUGGGAUCAGGGGGAUCAGGAUUUGUUCCCAGGAUGUUCAUGGUGCCUGGUUAUAACCAACACCUGGCAGGAAUGCAGCAGCUGGCACAGAUUUAUGCUAAAAAUGUGGAUCAGGAGAGGAGAAAGGACCAAAGUGAGGCUCCGAUUCAGAUGGAAAAUGAAGGAGGUGGAAAACCUCACGAUGGAAACUCUGACCUUGAGCUGACUUUGGAACAGAGAAUUAAAACUGAAAUGAAUUAAACCCAGCUAGGUUGUUCACGAAAAAUGGAAAAUCUGCUUGCCAUUCAAAAGCCACUUCUGCUUCAGUAUCAUCUAUUAAGGAAGAUCUUUCUGUGUAUUGUGAUUCAACAUUUCAUCGAAGUGCUAAUUGGUACCCAUUUUCAGGGAUCAACUGGUAUCCAUCCCUCCCAUAGAUUCAGCAGUGCUGACAACUCUGUGUAACAUAGAUACUGACUGUAUAUAUAAAACAGUGAGAAUGAUAUAUUUUUGGAGAUUUGUUAUUCGGAUGAUGGUUAGAGCUGGUACUCUUAUUAUGUUGUCAACCUUGUGUAAUUUAGUAGUUGCCAUGGAAGCUUCCCCCUCAUGUUCAUUUUUCCCCCUGAUCUCUCUUUGAUAUUUUAACUCUUCAAUUAUUAAAAUGUGAAUUGUUAGUAGUAUUAAUGGGUGUCUGCUCUUGCAGUUAGGAAUGCCAAUUUGUACAAAACUAUUCUUUUUUGAAUGACAUCAGAUUUGCUUAUGACAAAUCUCAGAGGUUUGUGCAGUUGUAUUUUGAAAGAGAAGGAGAGGCACAGCUUUACAAGAUAUUUUUUUUUUUACAAAUUAAUUAUAUUCUGUAUAUAAGAAUCUGUGUAGAUGUACAUAAAUUAUGUGUAAAAUAAGUUUACUUGAUGUGUUCUGACUGAAAAACAUCCUGAAAUUCUUGGCUUUUUAAAGGGCAUAGACAUUACUAUGUACAGUACUAAAAUCUUUGUUGGUAUAAUGAAAUUGUUAUUGUCCACCCACCAACUUCUGCUCAAAUGUGUUGGAUAAAUUUUGCACAUUUGUUGAAUGAAACAGAGUGUGUACUUACUAUGUAAUUGAUUUAGCAAGAGUACAUGGAUUUUUUUUUCUCUCAGUCUUCUCAUUGACUCAUUUUGCCCUCUUUCAUUAUCUUCAACACAGAAAAAAAGUGCAGAUGCAAACUGAGUAAGAAAUGCUUUUAUUAAUUGAAUGCUUUUUUAGCUAUUUUGACUAUCCAUAAAAAGAAGGGAUUGCAAUGUCCGGGCAUACCUGUCAUGAAUGACAUUUUGAGUUUUAAAUUAAAUGUCAUUUCAUUGUGUUGACGUUUCCGUGCCGUAAUUGUUUAUUUCCUGGGUUACAAAAGCAGCUGGACAUGAAAUACCUGAAUCCAUACAUGUAACUUUCAUCAUUAUUGCUCGUUUACAGCCAACAGAGCAGUGGAAAUUAAGUUGCUAGGUAACUCUGAAAAUCAAUUGAUGAACUUAUUCAGCAUGUCAGCUACUUACAGAGAUGUUAAUGUUGACAUUUUUGUUUUUGUAGUUUUUUUUUUUUUUUUUUUUUUUUUUUUUUUUUUUUUUUAGGUAAAACAACUACUGAUUAUGCUCCUUAACCCCUUAUUUUUUUUAUAGAUCACUGAGGAAGCAUAAUUGUGAUUCAUGAAAUGUGGUUCCCACUGAAAAUAUAUUUUUGUUUUAAUAAAUCUUAGAGAAAGAAGAAUCGAUACACAUGUACAUAACAUUUUUUUUUUGUUUAAAACAAGAAAAGAAAUAAUAUAUAGCCCCUUCCUGUACAGUUUAUGGUACAUAUAUUACAUAUAUGAUAAUUUAUUUGUGGACUAAUUGAAGUGUUAUUGAGAGAGAUAUUUGUGUCCUUGCCAUAGAUGUACUAUUUUUAUUAUAUAUAUAUAUAUAUAUAUUAUAUAUACUCAGUGUUGUCUGUGUACAUAUCUCACUAGGUAUUUGUAUAGAAUUCCUUUUUUUGUGUCCUGUAAAUUCAAUGUAACGUAAUGACCCUGCAUGGCUGAACAUUGAGAUUUAUUUAAGAACCUGCACUAAGCUAUAGUUUUUCAUUAUUAGGUAGGGAUGGGGGUAUAUGGUUCAUCAAUAGAACAGCAGUUAAAUGUACGUAUGUUAAAAUUUUGUUAGGUAAGUUUCAUAUAAUUAAAUCAUCAAAAUUUUUAUGAAUAUCAUUAUUUAGCUCAUUUUGAAGAAGAUGAAAUGUGCUUAUGCUAUAGGCUGCGAUUGGCAUUGUGGUUAAAGUUUAAGGAAUUAGUCCUUUCCUAAGUAACUGUAGGACUGUCUUGACCAAACUUGCAUAGAUGCAAACUACCCGAGUUGCCUUGGAUGCUGCAUCUGACCUAUAUUUUAUGGACAAAUGACCAGGUUAAACUUUUUAAUGCAGGUUCGUUCCCAAGUAUAAUUAAAUUCUACCAAGACUGAGCUUGCAUGGAUAUUGCAUCUAGAAAUGAAGUACGCUUAAAAAUUCAUCUAGUAUGAGACGUUCUCUUGUGUACAAAUAGUAUUCGUUGAGGUGAGCUUCGUAAUCUUUGAUUACCUAUGUUUCAUCCUUUGAAUGCAUGUCCUUGUUCAUGAUUAUAGGCAAUAAUUUUUAACCUAAACUCAGCAAAAACAAUUCACAAACCCUUCAUUGCUAUAACCAAAUAAAAUUUUAAAAUCCUCAAAAUCUGUAAAUAUUUUUUUUAUUUUGUCCAAAUAAUUGUACUGUUUUGUGAAUUUUUCUUCAAUUUAGUGUAGUUUGGAUUGUAAAUAGUGGUGUCAUUUGUCGUAUAGAUGUAUUUGUACAAUCUUCUCAAAAGAUAUUAAAAAAAAAAAAAAGAAUAGGGAUUUAUAGAGAGUCAAACAUAUUUAAUAUUCAGAGUUUGAUUAAGCUAACUCAACAAAAUUGUGCAAUAAAAAAAACUAUAUAUUUCAGACAUUUAUACCAUGAGAGCUUGCGUAAUCUCUUGAGAUAAAUUCUAGUACUUCUUAAUUUAUUCUACUUUUUAAUGUUUUUUUCAGUAGGUGUAUUAGUAAUCAAAAUGGCAUCGUUAAGGGCUUGACAUUUUAUUUGUGUGACUAGGAAAAGAGGAGUUGAAUUUUCAUAGGGUGUACAUAUGUAAUACACAGUCUUGUAAUUCAAAUUUUAAUCUCAAUGAAUUAUGUAAAGACAAGGUUGUAGAGUGUAAAAAAAGAAAUCAUGAAAUUAAAUUUAUUUAUUGGUGAUAUUUAUGCAUACAUUCUUAUUAAGUGCUAUGAAUUGUAACUUAUUGCAUGCAAUUGCUUGCAUUCCAAACUACAAUUAGUUAUUUGAGAAAGUUUAGUUACAACUGGGGUAAAGUUUGUGUAGAUCUUAACAAAAGUAUACAUUGAUGUGACUAUGUUAUUACAUUAAUUAUCAAUACAGCUGACAGAUAAUCCAUUUUUAGUAUGUUGAGAUAUCAUACUUACAACAUAAUUUGAUUAUGUACUUAAGCAUAAAUCACAGAUAAUUGUGAUGCAGAUUAAAGAAUUGGUUAGUGCUUGAUAUUUAUUAAGUGGAACACUUAUUGUUCUUCAUUGCUACGAGUGAUUAAGUCUGAGAGAGAGAGCUUAAGAGUUCAUUAUACAUCUAGUUUUUAAUCUAUUAUCUUGCUGUACCAAAUGGUCAUGUUAAUUUAUUUACUCUGUUGCUUUUAUAUUUCAUUGGCUUGACUUUAAUUUUUCACUUCACAAAAGAGAUUUGCAAUUGUUGCAUAUAAAAAUCUUUAUUAACAAGUCUUAAAAGUGUUAAUCAUGUUAAGGAAUGAUAUUUUAUUUUGCAAUUCCUGAUUAGUUAUGUGUUGACAACACAGUGACUGAAAUGAAAGUAUUGAGUAGCUAUAGUUGAUAUGUUUUGUUUUUGAUUCUUCAUUUUCUCACUCUAAGCUCAUACUACAUUUGUUGCUUUGUAGGGUGUAGUAUUUUGUCUGUUUAAAUAAAGUUCAGAAAUAUU